AUGACCAAGCUUAGCCUCUUCGCCGCUCUCUCCUGCGUGCUCGCUUCAGUCGCCGCCCUGCCAGCCCCUGGAUCAGGAGGAGUCACCGUGGGCCAGCGCAUUGCCCUGCUGCCGCGGGCUGAAGAGGCGGAAGACCCGAACAAGAUAGACCAGACAGCCCAGUUCAACACCAAGGUCGCGUUGAAGGGAGGCAACAUCCAACAGGACACGACAUUCCCACCAGGGCAAAACGGCGUGCUGGAGAUUGAAUUCUCAAACAUCGACGGCCGGACCUUGACCGUCGUCGAGAACAAGAAACCACCUCCUCCUCCUGCGGGAUUCACCGCUAUUGAGAAGUCGACGUUCCAGGUGACCCUGAGCGGCGGCUCGGCCGACAACCUGACGGUAUCCAAGGUCGAUUACAUCCAGAACGCAGACAGCCCCCUGGACAUCAGCACCGGACAGAUCGGCCGCCUGUGCACCAAGACCAACACGUUCAUCAUCGGCGCCGACGUGGGCGAGCUCGAGUUCGAGGCCGACGAGAAGGAGCUCUCGCUCAAGGUGGCCAACAUGAACGGCGAGUUCGGCAUCUUCCUCCCGAACGCCGCCGCCGCCGCCGCCGGUGGUGCGGCCGCGGGAGCGGGCGCGGGCACCGCCGCCGGUGGCACCGCCAUCGUCGGCAACGCAAGUCUGCUGCAGCUCCUCGCGUCUCUGCUCUCCAAGGCCGGGAUAACCCUGACUGCUGGGGGCAUCUGAGCUUGCAGCGGGCAGGAGAUGAUCGGGUGACGUCGUGGGGCGAGGGGAAUAUCCGGGGGUGGAUGAUGUGCGGCUUGGUAUGACGUUGUGUGUGCGAGUAGGCUGUUGCAGUGUCCGUCUCUGGUCGAAUCUGCUCAGUCACCGACGACAUAGUAUAAAAUACCCCCCAAGGAGGACUGGACUGCGUUUCCAAAGGCUGUAUAUAGUCUGUGCCUUCUGCGUUCGCUGGUGAGCGCAGCUGCUUUGGAACCGCAUUGCCUCCGCCAAAAAAGUCAACAUGAGCUUUUGUUUAUUGUGUCCACAUAUGUCCUCGAGGUUCUGAUGGGGGAUGACUUUCAAGUGCCGUGUGCCUAGAACUUUAGUGCUAGUAUAUUGCUACUGUCAAUGGUCUAAGACGGCCUUGUCAAUCUGAAUUGAC